AUGAAGAAAAGGAGAGUUCCAAUGAUAGACCAGUUUCAUUCUACUACUCACCCCUUCAUUGUGGACGUUGUUGAUGUUGUGGCUGAUGGUCACUGUGGGUAUAGAUGCAUUGCUGUGUUGUUGGGACUCGGAGAAGAUUCAUGGCCCGUUGUCAGGAAUGAGUUGUACAAAGAACUCAUUGCAUGGCGUGAUGAAUAUGCAAGCCUAGUAGGAGGCUAUGAUAGACUAGAAGAACUGAGGAAUUCUUUGUUGGUGCAAUCACUGUCGGCGGCUAACAUGAGCAAGUGGAUGACAUUACCAGACAUUGGUUAUGCAAUUGCUAACCGAUAUAACGUUAAGCUACAAGAAGGUUGUCCGUUGCCCAUGGUGAAUAUCAUGUCCUCAACCCACUGUUAUCCUGAGGCACGAGCGUGGUCAUCUAUUUAUACUAGUAGGAUGCACGCAUUUGAACAGUUGAUGGACAUAACAUCUUAUGUUGACUUAGGUGAUUCAUGA